AUUUACACGCGAGCAAUGUUGUCAAACAGGAAGGAGAGCGGCUACGGAAGCCGACAGGAGCCCCACCAGAUCCAGGUGUAUGCUACGAGCAGGAUUCGCCUAGGCACUGUGGUGACCAGUGCAAGGAACUAUGGAGGAUGACGCCCCUGUGAUCUACGGCCUGGAGUUUCAGGCCCGAGCGCUGUCAGCCCAAACAGCAGAAACGGAUGCCAUCAGAUUUUUGGUUGGGACACAAUCUUUGAAAUAUGAUAACCAGAUCCAUGUUAUAGACUUUGACGAUGAGAAUAAUAUCAUCAAUAAGAAUGUUCUACUUCACCAUGCGGGGGAAAUCUGGCGGAUCAGCGCUAGCCCAGCAGACAGAAACGUGCUCGCAACCUGCUACAAUAGCACUUCAGACAGCAAAGUCACGUCUUGUGGGGCUGUGUGGAGGAUACCGAAGGAACUACAGGCAGGGAACCAGGAAGUCCCCGAUGAUUCAUCAAACAACACCCAAACCUUGGAACUUCUGUGUCACCUCGACAAUGACUCCCAUAGCAGUGUGGCCUGUGUUACCUGGGAACCGCUAGGUGAUGGCAAGAAACUGAUGUCGCUGGGUGACAACAAUCUUAUGAUCUGGGACUUACAAGAAAGCUCUUGUAAAGCUGUGCUCUCAAAUUCCGCCACACUGGAAGGCAAAGGGCAGCUGAAAUUUACCUCUGGGCGAUGGAGCCCUCAUCACAACUGUACCCAGGUGGCCACCGCCAAUGACACUGCCAUCCGAGGCUGGGACAUCAGAACUAUGAGGCAAAUCUACUGCAUCGACAAUGCCCAUGGACAGCUGGUUCGGGACCUCGACUUCAAUCCCAACAAACAGUACUACUUGGCCAGUUGCGGGGAUGAUUGCAAAGUGAAGUUCUGGGAUACCAGAAAUGUUAAUGAGCCAGUGAAAACACUGGAGGAACAUUCUCAUUGGGUUUGGAGCGUCAGAUACAAUCACUCCCAUGACCAGCUGGUCUUAACAGGCAGCAGCGACAGCAGGGUAAUCCUGUCAAACAUGGUCUCCAUUUCAUCUGAGCCAUUUGGACAUCUCGUUGAUGAGGAGGAUUUGAGCGAUCAAGAAGAUAGUCAGCAUGAAGAAAAAACAAAAGAGCCACUCCAGGACAGUAUAAUAGCUACCUAUGAAGAACAUGAAGACAGCGUGUAUGCCGUGGAAUGGUCCUCUGCAGACCCCUGGCUUUUUGCUUCCUUAAGUUAUGAUGGAAGGCUGGUUAUUAACCGAGUCCCAAGAGCACUCAAAUAUAACAUACUGCUGUAAUUUCUGCCUUCGUCCGAUCUGAAGUGAUUGCAUCGCACUGAUGGCUUAUUUCCUGUAAUUUGGAGGCUUGAGUGCUGGAUAUCUCCAAUGUGUUAUUUUUGUUUAUCCUAGGCUUCGUCAUAACUGACCAAAUCUCGGGCCCACAGCUGACCUCUUUAUAUUGUUCUGUUUGGGCGGCUGUCAUACUGUAUUCAAAUGAAAGAGAUGUCAGUCUGUGUUAACGAUGCAGACAUCUGCGGGUGCAGUGGAA